AAUUGGCCGUGAGAAGAGAAAUACAUAGGUAUAUAGAUAUUGAAAAGCAUGAGUUCAAGACCAUUGCGAACAUGGGUAACAGGGACUGCAGUUAUAUUGGGUGGAGUAGCAACCUUGAACCUGGCUUCUUCAGUUACCCUCAAAACGCUUCAGUUUGUGUCUGAGAAGAAACGGAAAAAAAUUGCGUUGCCGUGUAGGGCUUGUCGAGGGAAGGGCUUUUAUAUAUGCAAACUGUGUAAUGGGAACGCCACCAUUGCUUGGUCCCCAAUGUAUGACCCUAUUGCAGUUAACCCCUGCGUUUGUCCUACUUGCGAAGGAAACAGGGUUCAACGCUGUCUUAAUUGUCUGGGGAAAGGCUAUGACUGACCUGUUAAGCGAUAAAUACUGCUGCUGCAUUUCUUUUGUUCCUUUUAGAAUAUGAUUGUGUAAGUGACUUGCUGAAGUGUGUACUGCAUCUGGUAGUUUGCGCAUCUAUCUCAUUUUUCUUCAGAUUGAAUUACCUUCCCUGAUUAAGGACU